AUGUACUUCACCACCGCCCUCGUUGUCGCCCUAGCAGGCGCUUCCUACGCCGCCCCAUCGGAGAACAAGCCCCGCCAGCAGCAGGUCUCCGCCUCAGACCCCAACUUCCUCUCGCUCAUCCCGGAGUUCGGCGUCCAGGCGGGAGUCAACCCCACCGGCACGGGCAACUGUGACGGGUUCAACGCGAUAGCGAACAAGGUGGUGCCGAUCCAGUGCGACAAGUGCCCGCCCCCACGGGAUGACUUCGUCAACAAGCUCGCGUCGGACCUGACCGCGGGCAACGUGUUCGGCUCGCCCGUGACCUUCAACACGGAUCCGAGCGUCCAGGACGAGCAGACCAACAAGGACCGCGCCACCGCGUGCCUGAUCACGCUGCAGAGCUUCUACGGCCAGAAGGGCGUCGGCUGCCCCGCCGUCGCCGCGCCCAACUUCGCCAAGCAGCAGGUCACCGGCAUCAGGGACGACCAGCAGUUCAUCCCUCAGGCCGGCAGCGCCAGCGGCUCGGCCAGCGCUGCAUCGGCCAGCCAGGCUGCCAGGAAGAGGAGGGACUUCUAG